CAGCUUAAGUAUCGAUGAAUGUUUGCUCGAGUGUGCCUAUGUUUUUGAGUUGGGACAUAUUUAAAAGCGCUUUUAGUGAGCUAACUAAGUUUGCUACGAUGCUGUAAUUACGAGACACAAGUUAUAACAUUCUCAAACUACCACAAGUAAUUUCAUGCUUCCAAGGUCACCCGACUCUUAUUUCAAUAUUUAGCUCACAAAACUUUGGGUUAUUUUAUUUUAAUAGGUUACCUUAAUGUUAUCAAGUAGCCUAGCUAUUUGUAUCAUCUACUGGUUAGUGUAUUUUUAGCCACUGCUACUAUCAUGGCCUUGCGGACUUUCCGUAGCAUGCUGUCUUCUUCUGUGGUUGGUCAGCUGUUCCCAUGGCAACCCUGCUCACAAGUUAUCCGCGUAAUAUUUACAGUCUACGGUUUUCGGGGGUAGAAAACUUUAAACUGCUGACACAUCUUCGACCACUAACCGGAAACGAAACACCGACUCGAAAUGGCUUCAUGUCUGGUCCCCGACUUCCCGGCCGUCAUGGUUGCUUUGGAGCAUCUAAAGGAGCUGGACAAGCAGCUAAAAGAGGUUUCUUUUUCAAGUGAAGCCAGCCUCCACCUGACUGAGAUAACUGCAGCUAUCACUGAGCUGGAGGGGGAACGGAGUGCUACCCAUGAGCAUUUAGAGGUGGAAACUAUAGAAAACAGUAAGCUUAGACACCAAAUUAACAACAGGAGUGAAAGAAUAAGUCAGGAAAUCAUGGCUGACGUGGCAGCAGCCCGCGCAUCCAAUGCAGAUGAGAUAAAGCAGCUGCACCAAGACCUCCACAAAGUUAUCCAGCAACAAGACAGAACCGUGAAGAGACAAGAAGCCCUUUUGAGCCAAAAUGAAGGCCUGUACCCAGAGCGAGAGAAGGUGAAGGCUGAACAUGAAGAGAUCAUAGCGGCUCUUAACAAUCAAAUCAACCUAAAGUAUCGCUUGCAGAAUAAGCUGGAUCAGACAUUAGAGCAUAUAGAGGAGCUCAGGUCCUCCAUAGCUGCAGUGAAACAGGACGGAGAAACAGUGCAGCAAAAUAUGAUGCUGGAGAGAGAGGCUUUUUCCAUCAAGAAAGACAGCCUGUCAAAAGAAGAGAACCAGACUGAAGAGCAAAUAACGCAGCAGAAGCAAACAGUCAGUACGUGCAGGGGGGAGUUAGACAGAGUUAAUGAUAAGAACAUGGAAAGUAAUGCACAUUUGGGUGAGCUCACAGUUGGAGUGGCAAAGCUGGAGAGCAGUUUAAGAAGAUUGACUGACUCUCAGUGCCAGUACAAGAAACAGCUGGAGGGGGAGACCCAAAAACAUAAAGACUUAAAACAGGAAAGAGAAACACUGAAGAAAAAAUUAAGCGAGUUAAAGGAAGAAUUCAGCGUUGCAAUCCAACAGCUUAAAGAGGAAAUCGCCAUAGUUGAAGGUAAAAUAGACGAGGGUCACACAUCGAGAUUACUCUGUCAGGACUCACUUGCACAAAUCUAUGAGAUCUUCAAGUGCCAGCAGGAUAAAGAGAAUGAAGUCAGGACAGAAUAUUUCCACGCCUCACAGGAGCUGGAGCGAUCCAAGCUGCAGAUGGAGGAGCGCAUCGCCUCCAUUGUCAAACACAGCAAAGAGAUAAACGAGAUGGACAAGCAGAUCAGAGAGCUCUCGGAUGACUGCACGAUCAAUAAGCGCGUGUUCAAGAGGAAUCAGGAAGAGAUUUGUGGUAAUGUGGAUACAGAGAAGAAGAACAUUGGCCACUUUGAGGAGGAUAAGAGGAGGCUGAAAAAACUAUUGGAGGAGUCAAAAAGGAAGCAGGAAGAGCACAUGCAGAAAAUGGCAAAUUACAUCAGUAGCACCAGGAAGAGAUAUGAGGAGCUUCAACAAGAGAAGGCUGUACUUCACCAGCGACAGCCCAAGAGCGUGGAUGAAAACUUGAUGAUUAGCUAUACGGACCACUGUGAGGUGGAGUACCAACAGAAAGAGACCAAACUCCAUCAGGACAUAGAGCAGUGCAUUGCAGAGACUGAGAUCAUCAUGAGCAGCAACAUGGAGAAGCAGAGGGAGAUGGAAGAGAAAGAGGGGGAGCUGAAGGAGGUGGAGGAAAGUUGGGGUGAAGAGAAGUCGAGACACCAGAAGCUGAAGUUGUUGACCUCCGAGCUUUGUAGAAAUAAAAACUAUCUUGAGCUGUCGAUUGAGGGGAUGAAGGAGAAAACCGGAUCCCUCCUUCAGCCAAAAGUGGAAAUGAAGGCUGAGCUGGGGGAGCUGCAUGUGAGUCACAUGGAUGUGCUCGACAAACAGGCCUCAGAGUUGAGAGCAGUAGAGGUGAGCAUCUAUGAUAAUAGAGUGAAACUGGAGCAGGUCAGCAUGGAGAACAGCAGGCUGCAUCUCCGUAUCAGACAGAUGACAGGGGAUGUUACCAGAGCCAGGGGGGACAAAGAGCGGUACUGGCAGGAGGUCCAGCAGUACAAGCAGAAGAUGUCGUCCCUGUUUGAGAGUUUACAGGACGCAUGGAGAGAGGAUUUAUUGGCAACUCAGGACUUUCAGCGCAGUAAUAGGGGUCUUUGUAUGUCACUGGCUGCCAUGUUGGACCAUCUUAAGAGCAGAAGACAACAGUUAGGGACUGUCAGUACACUGCUGCACCAACAGAUGUUAAACUUUAGCAAACGACUGGGAGAUAAAGCGACUGUAGAGCAGCAGAUCUGAGACGUGUCGCUGUUUCUGGUUGGCUCAAAAGACUGCCGGCCUGUAGUGUCUAUUGUGGUGCAUUUUUGAAUAAAGUAUGAGGCGAUACUAUGAAGUUGUGUCUGUUGGGUUUAUUUUAAUUCAAGCUCAAGUAUAUGAAAAUAUAUAUGCAGAAAAAAAGCAAUCAUCCAAAGUGGGACAUAUUCACUCAUUUGAUCGUCUUCUCAGCCAGUGCAUAGAUGUUACAGUGUAAUAUAGAUACUGUUACAGUACCCGUCUUUAGUAAAGAAACUGGUCAUAACCACAUCAUUGAAGUUAUUCUUGCACUGCCUUUGUUGUUUGAACUGUAGAGCUGCUGUUAAUUUUUUGAAUUCCAUCUGUGCUUUUGUGCAAAAAAAGAAAAUAUAGAAAUAUCCACUGUGAAAGUAGCAUUACCUGAGUUUAAUUUCAUUAGAUCUUAGUCCAUUUCAAUCUAUAUUGUUUCAUGAUUUAAAAUGGUUAGUUUAAGUGGAAUAUAAAUCAUACUUUGCUUUUGACUGUUGCAUCACUAUUUUUUAUUAACAGUCAGUUUUUUUACUAAUAUAGUUUGACAUUAAAGUCUGAAAGGCAUAGAUGUAAUAAAUCAAAUAAAUGAGGGUAAGCUGCUUCGGCGUCAGAGUCGUGGCAUCGUGUAUGUUGGCAUGGUUGAGUGAAUGGCUCACAUUUUGUACUUUUUUUGUACUACUCUAGAAAGAUGAAAUAAAACGUCUCUGCUUUGAAAUCUCAAAGUGUAGUGUGCAGUGUGUUGGUGCAUCCUAUUCCCUUGUAAAUAAAGGAAGACGGGGAAAGUAGUGGUAUUUUGUAAUUUCUAUGGUUA